CUCACUUCACGGUUCACACCAAUUACACCCAAGUGGAGUGAGUUUUCUUGUUUCGUUGUUCAUCUCUCUCAGGCUCUCUCACACACCCACAUUCCCCUUUCUUGUUUCCCUUCUGCGCUUGCUUUCCUCUUCUCAGUUAAUGUAAAUUGGGAGGUGUUUGUUUCUCUGUCUUUUCCUCAACUUCUUGAAAUCCACUGUUCCUUUGAAGCUUUUGUUCCGUUCUGUAUAAUGUAAGAGCCAACAAUCUGUUUUCUUUCUUUCAUUGAUGCCCCUUUGCUUUCAAUCGGAUUAAAUCACCGCUGUUUGUCCAAUUUCCAAUCAUGGGAUUUCGCUAAUUCCUCAGGUUUUUGUGUUUGGUCAAUGCCCAUUUUGUUGAAUCUGUUCUAGAGUACUGAAAACGGCUUUUUCAAUAAUGGGUUCUCGCUAAAUCAUUGAUUGAGGUUCCCAUAUUUACCAAGUCUUUUGGUCAAACAUCCAUAGACUCGCAUUUAUAGAUUUCAAAUAUGUAAGUGGAACCUAGGCCUCUUUGAGAUUUUAGCAUUUUUAUGAACCGUUGAAAAUUGUUGUCAUGGAUCCCUACUCUGUCCUAGUUAAGCGCUAGUUGAUUUCUUGGAGGAUGGAAAGUUGGUAUUUAUUGCGUUAGUUCUGAUUCUGUAUAAGUAUGGCUUUGUUUCGUUAAUCUAACUAAUUUUUGCCUCCAUGGAAUACAAGUAGGUAGAGGUCUUGUUCAGAAGUUGGAUAUCAAAUUCCAUCAUUUGCCCAAGUUACACUUUUUUGCUAAUAGUAAUUGAUUCUUUUGUUCUUCUUGGAAUACAAUAAUAUCAUUCUUUCUAUAUAUAUCCAUUAACAUGUGAAUCUCUUGAACAGUGUCUAAUUUCAUGGGCCUUCUUGAAGGUUAAGUAUACACUCAGAAUAUAUGAAUUUAUACAUAUUCCUUGUUUUUCUUGAAUAUUCAAUCCAUAAUCUGAUAGGCCUUGUCUUCUUGCCCAAAACUUGUUUUCUGUCAUCUAUGUAGAUGUAGUUAGUAGUGGUACCUCUCAAGCCCUUUCAAUUCUAUCAAAGUUAAGUGUAAUACCAGUUAGCUCCUACCCAAGGAAAAGAAAAAGAUUCAAAAAUAAUCUUGUUUUGAAAAAAAAAAGAAGCAUGGAAGAGACAUUUGUUCCCUUCCGCGGAAUCAAGAAUGAUCUGAAAAAUAGAAUGUUAUGCUACAAGCAAGACUGGACAGGAGGCAUCAGUGCUGGCAUCAGGAUCCUGGCUCCAACAACAUAUAUUUUCUUUGCAUCAGCAAUCCCAGUCAUAUCUUUUGGGGAACAACUGGAGAGAAAUACUGACGGAAUUAUAACUGCAGUCCAGACUCUUGCAUCAACAGCGCUUUGUGGAGUGAUCCACUCCAUUUUCGGCGGACAGCCACUCUUGAUUUUAGGAGUAGCUGAGCCUACUGUUUUAAUGUAUACUUUUAUGUUCAAUUUCGCAAAAGAUCGAAAGGAUUUGGGCCCUUCGCUUUUUCUAGCUUGGACUGGAUGGGUGUGCGUGUGGACUGCCUUUCUACUUUUCUUGCUGGCAAUUUUGGGUGCAUGCUCCAUAAUAAACAGAUUUACACGCUUGGCUGGUGAGCUAUUUGGACUCCUGAUUGCAAUGCUCUUUAUGCAGCAAGCAAUUAAGGGACUCGUGGAGGAGUUUCGAACACCCGAGAGAGAAAAUCCUAAACAGGCCGCAUUCUUACCUUCUUGGCGCUUUGGAAAUGGAAUGUUUGCAUUAGUUUUAUCAUUUGGCCUUCUUUAUACAGCAUUGAGUAGCCGCAAAGCAAGGUCAUGGCGCUAUGGGACGGGUUGGCUCCGGGGAUUAAUUGCUGACUAUGGCGUGCCCUUUAUGGUGCUUGUUUGGACUGCAAUAUCUUAUAUACCAGUUCACGAUGUGCCGCAAGGAAUACCACGACGGCUAUUCAGCCCAAAUCCAUGGUCUCCCGGUGCAUAUAAAAACUGGACAGUUAUAAAGGAGAUGGUGCAUGUGCCUCCGCUAUAUAUUGUUGGAGCAUUUAUUCCAGCGACAAUGAUUGCCGUGCUAUACUACUUUGACCACAGUGUUGCAUCUCAACUUGCACAACAAAAGGAGUUCAACCUUAAGAAACCUUCUUCAUAUCACUAUGACCUCCUUCUUUUAGGCCUCUUGGUCAUAGUAUGUGGUCUUAUUGGCAUUCCCCCUUCCAAUGGAGUCAUUCCACAAUCUCCAAUGCAUACAAAAAGUUUGGCUACUCUGAAACAUCAGCUUUUGCGGAAUAAGCUUGUAUCAACUGCUCGAAAAAGCAUAAUGAAAAAUGCUAAUCUUGGUCAAUUGUAUCGGAGCAUGCAAGAAGCUUACCAUGAAAUGCAAACUCCACUUGUCUACCAAACUCCCUCAGGAUUGGGACUUAAGGAACUGAAAGACUCCACGAUCCAACAAGCAUCAAGUACAGGGCACAUUGGUGCUCCUGUUGACGAGACAAUCUUUGAUGUGGAUAAGGAUAUUGAUGAACUUUUACCGUUAGAAGUCAAAGAACAACGCCUGAGCAAUCUGCUUCAGUCAGUGAUGGUUGGUGGCUGUGUUGCUGCUAUGCCCGUCUUGAAAAAGAUUCCAACAUCUGUUCUCUGGGGGUACUUUGCAUUCAUGGCAAUUGAAAGCUUGCCCGGGAAUCAGUUUUGGGAGAGGAUAUUAUUGCUUUUUACAGCCCCAAGUCGAAGAUACAAGGUCCUGGAGGAUAAUCAUGCAGUAUUUGUGGAGACGGUACCUUUCAAAACAAUUGCUGGAUUCACCUUGUUUCAGACGGUUUAUCUGCUUCUCUGCUUUGGAAUAACAUGGAUUCCAAUUGCGGGUGUCCUUUUCCCGUUAUUGAUCAUGCUUCUUGUCCCAGUGCGCCAGUACUUCCUUCCUAGGUUCUUCAAAGGAGCCCAUCUGCACGAUCUCGAUGCUGCUGAAUAUGAAGAAGCCCCUCCCAUUACCUACAAUAUGUCCUUGGAUGAUCAAGAUGGUCAGAGGCCUGUUGAUAGCGGUGAGUUGCUGGACCAGAUGAUCACGAGAAGCCAUGGUGAGAUCCGACAUAUAUCCAGUCCGAAGAUAACCAGUUCAACCCCUACAUCAGUGGACGAAAUAAAAUCUGAGCACAGCCCGCAUUUAUCACACAGGGCAUACAGCCCCAGAGUGAAAGGGCUGAGAGCCGAGAGGAGCCCGAGCCUUGAAACAAAGCGAACUCCCAGCCCCGGGCCAUCUAAGCUCGGGGGUUCCCCUUCUACCUAGGUCAGCUGUGCUUGAGAGGUCAGUUAGAGUUGUUUAUGGUUCUUGAGAGGCCGUGUGUGUUUUAUUUAUGUUUCUAACAGCUGUCAAAUCUUAAGUGUUGUUUUUCUGUUUUUACUACAUUGUAUAUUGUUUCUGUUUAUUGCUGUCAGUCAGUCAAUCAGUGUUCUAUGUAUGGGCAGAAGACAUCAUUUAUCAGUCAACUAAAUGUUCAGAAAUCCCAAUUCCUAUUUACUGCUCUGAA